AUCGCUAUUCACUGCUGAACAUAGGCCUCCACAAGUUCUCCCCAAAAAUGACGCGAACGCACGUAUUUAGCCCAUAGUCACCACGCUGAACAGUCGGGUUGGUGACUACAGGGUUAGCUUUGUCGCCCCGAAGAUGCUGCUUCCCGUCAUGUGUCUUCCCGGAAUGUGUAUUUGAAAACCAAUAGUUAGGUGGUUAUCCCGCCAUCGAUCGGCUUUUUAAAUUUCAAGGUGGUAGUGGAACUGUGUUAAUCCUUAGUCGCUUCUUACGAUACCCACGGGAAGAGAGGGGAUGGCUUUAUUCUUUACUGCCUUAAAAGCACAACAACAGGGAUCUGCUUCCUUUAAUACAUGCACCUCUACACUAGAGCGGUUGUCCUACAUAGAGAUAGAGGCCUAUGCCCAGCAGUGGGAUAUUAGAGGUAAUAGUGUUGUCACUUACUUUAUUCACAAAUGGACAUCAGGCGUUUGAAAUGAACAGGUUUGUCAAUAAUAUAAAACCAGGAGAAGCGUACAAUAAAUUCCAAGCAGAAGUAAAUAAGGCGCCAAAACAGAUAAAAGAAGUACUCAACCAAAACGAAAAAAAAGAUGAAUUGGAUUUAAAUAAACAUUCCAAUGCUUUAAAAGAAAUUGAUGAAAAAGUGAAGAACUACCAAUCCAAUCAAGGUUCGUCGAUUAUUCAGACGUUGACUUCAAAGCAACUACUACCAAACGAUCAACAAAUUGUUCAAGACAACCUUAAGGUUGUAAACUCAUUAAACCAUCCCAUCGAUUUAAGUCAUUUAAACGAAAUACUACCCAACCAAAACGAAAAAAAAGAUGAAUUGGAUUUGAACAAACAUUCCGAUGCUUUAAAAGAAAUUGACGAAAAAGUGAAGAACUACCAAUCCAAUCAAGUUUCGUCGAUUCUUCAGCCGUUGAGUCCAAAUCAACUACUACCAAACGAUCAACAAAUUGUUCAAGACAACCUUAAGGUUAUAAACUCAUUAAACCAUCCAAUCGAUUUAAACCCAUUAAACCAACUACUACCCAACCAAAACGAAAAAAAAGAUGAAUUGGAUUUGAACAAACAUUCCAACGCUUUAAAAGAAAUUGAUGAAAAAGUGAAGAACUACCAAUCCAAUCAAGGUUCGUCGAUUAUUCAGUCGUUGACUUCAAAGCAACUACUACCAAACGAUCAAAAAACUGUGCAAGACAACCUUAAGGCUAUUAACCCAUUAAACCACCCAAUCGAUUUAAACCUAUUAAACCAACCAAAAGAUUUAAACCCAUUAAACCGACCGAUCGACUUCAACCCAGUAAACCAACUAAUCGGUUUAAACUCUCAAAGCAAACCAUCGAUUUUGGGACAGCGAACAGAUCCAGUAUUUGAAGACCUAAAGCAUCAGCUCACCCAAACGCUUGUUAAAAAUAAGCUACCAGCUGUUGCUACUCAACAACUUGACAAAAUAUUUGAUCAAUUGCCGCAAGUAGAUCUACAUUUAUUAUACGAAAAUCCUCAAUUUCUUCAAGUAGUCAUGAAUUUAUUUAAUCAUCUUCAAAACCAAGACAAGUUUAAGAUUCAUCCAAUCAAUCAGCAGCAUGGCCAGUACAAUAGUUUGUUUAAUCAGCAACCAAAUUAUGAAUCAGUUUUCAAUAACAUGCCGUUCAACCACCGUCCAAUAAUGUCAGAUCGAGAUGUUCUAUCAAUUAUGCAGCGUCUGUCUUCAUUUUUGCCACAACCAACAGAUCAACAAUCUAUUAUUGGCCUGGCGAAUCAUGUUAUGCAACCAAAUGUUGGCCCACAAUUUCCUUCGAUUGGAAGAAAUGGUAUGGAUUUAAUAAAUACGGAACCUAUUUUACAACAUAAAGGGAAUAUAAUAUACAUGCUUCUUAAUAAUCUAGGUAUGAAUAGAGAAAACACGAUAGUGAUUCCUGUUCAACUGUAAUAGCAACGCCAAGAGCAAUAACACUAUUUAUUAAUGAAAAUACAAACGUAAAUGAAAAUAAUUAUAAUUUUUUUUUAUCAUUUGAAUACUAAGUACAUAAUAUGUUUUCCAAUACCUUAAUAAGUAAAUGUUUUAUAAUGACGAAUUGGAAGUACUCUUAAAGCUUACUUUAAAGGUAGAUAGUUGUUGUUUUUUUUAUUAAAUUUUUGUUUACUUAA